AUGCGCACCGCGCCGCCGCCCGCUACGCUCGUGCCUCUCCUGCUGCUCGUGCUCCUGGCGGCGCCCGGCCCUAGCGCCAGCAGAGCCGAGUCCGUCCCGGCGCGGCAGCCGGACCCUGAGCGCCAGCCGCGGCCGCUGCCCGGCCCGGGGCCCUGGAACGCAACCCAAGUGGGGGCCGGGGCGGCAGCGGGAGGCUACGGCAGCUCUAACAGCAGCGGCGACGCUCUGGUGACCCGCAUCUCCACCCUGCUUCGCGAUCUGCCCACACUAAAAGCGGCCGUAAUUGUGGCUUGCACCUUCACCGCCCUGCUCAUCGCCUGCCUGCUGCUGCGCGUCUUCAGGUCAGGAAAGAGGUUAAAGAAAACCCGAAAGUAUGACAUCAUCACUACUCCAGCUGAGAGGGUGGAAAUGGCCCCGCUGAAUGAAGAGGACGAUGAAGAUGAGGACUCCACAGUAUUUGACAUCAAAUACAGAUGGGAUGACCUCAAAUUGUCAAUUAUCUUCGACUUUGAUGAGUUUUUCUUCUACUGGCUCUAA